ACAAGACACGUCAUCGAUCGUUAAAGCCGUCCCGGCUGGUCAGUCAUAUAUAAUCUCCUAGGGCACAAACACAAGUCCAAAGAAAAUGGCAGCUUCUGAGACAAAAACCAACCUUGAAGGUGUCCUCAAACCCUUCUAUCAAAGAGCUUCUGAAGCUGAGGAUCGGCUGUCAAGACUGGAAGCUUCCGUUGCAAGUAAUAGAGAUGCUGGAAGCGAGGAACAUUUGAAAACUAUAAGUGAACUUCAGGCAAAGCUAGAAGGUGCAAAUGCAGAGCUAGCUUUGGAACGAGAAAAGGCUAAGAAGCUUGCUGUGGAAAAUGGAAAGCUCCAGUAUCGUGUUAUUCAUCUUGUCCAUGCAAUCAGGGAGGGUGAUGCUAAGUUGGAGAGUCUAAAAGGUGGUUCAGAAGCAAGUGCAGAGGCUAUCUCGAAAUUGGAGAAUUUACGAUUAUGAACUGAGAGAACGUGCUUUGCCAUCGGAUAUCAGGAUAGGAUGGCAGCUUCGUGCUAUCCCACAAUCGGACAAGGUCUAUGUGGAUAUCCAAAACUAUAGAUUGAUACCUUUUAGGUUGUACUGAAACUGAUCUAUCUGAUUUUGCAUGCAUAGGGGAUGCACGUUACAAGUUAUUCUUGUGAUUAACUUUCAGAUUUUUGUUAAAUAGCACUGUCAAAUUUUCCUCAUUCCAAAAGAAACAGAGAAGCUUGUUGUCUGUUGGUAUUUGAUA